AUUUGUCACAUUAUUUCAUAUUUCAAGGAGUGUAUGAUAUUAUCAAUGUUUAAAUUUUGAGUUAUAAUAAUAGAAGACUUUUUCGGUUAAACAAAUUUUAGACAAACUAAAAACUAGCAAGUAAUGGCUUUGGAUAAACAGAGAAUUCUAAGCGAGUUAGGCAGUGUUGUAAAUCAACUUCAGAGUGCUGAUUGUGGGUGUAUGGGAAAACUGUUUUCAAAUCCGGGCCAAGGUUCCACUAUAGGUAGUCCACUACCAACCUGUGGUGGAUGUCGACGAGGCUGCUGCCACGGCCACGGAUACAACCAAGGUUAUAGUGCCCCUUGUGCUGGCGAACCAUGUUCCUACAUGAAUUCCAUGAACGGACCCUGUAUGGGUCAUUGCAAUCCACCAAAACUUUAUGCAGAUACAUAUAAUUAUUUGAAUGAAAACCUAAUGCAGCCCACAAUGAAAGAAGUUUAUAAUGACUUGAAAUCAAUCACGCCUGCAAAUACUGUAAUGAAUAAUCCCAUGGCCAGUCAAUUAGGGCUAGCUCAAGGAAAUGUUAGCAUGCAACCACAGAACAAUGUAAUAGGCAUGAACCAAAGUCCUACGUUAGGAGGGACAGAGAAUCUGAAUACUAUAGAGAAUUUAGAUAACAUGUCGCCAGGCUAUUCGUUACAAAUGGGUAAUCACAACAAUACUCAACAAAUGGGCACCAUGCAAAAUAUUCAGCGUAAUGGUCAAACCAAUCAUAUGGGACAGAGUCAGCCAAUGGUCCCAACGAGUGGAAUGGGAGCUCAAAUUGCAAAUAUGUUUAUUAGUGAAGGUGGCUCGAAAAAUAAAAUGUCAGGGCAAAUUGGACAGUUGAAAGAAUCUAUACAAAUAGAUGCUCAUCAGUCACCUCAUGGCAAAGUUGGUGUUACACCGUUGUCACCUCAAACCGAUGGCGCUUAUAAAACCGAUAUGGGAAUGACAAAUAUGAGUUACGGACAACAACCUAAUUCAAAUUUGCAGUACCCGGUUACUCAGCACCCAGCUCCUCCAAAUAUGUAUUCUGAAAAUAUAGUUCAAAAUAAUUCAAUGCUAGGUAAUAUGACACACUGUAACAAUACUCCUGGUUCUCAAGCAAUUGGCCAAGUUGGUAACAUGGGACAAGUAAAUAGAAAUCCUGGUGUCCAACAAAUGUCAGCUCCAAAUCCCAAUACUUACGGUCAACACAGUUCAGGAAUUACAAAGUUUAAGGAGAUGUUUCCAGGCCUCAUGCAAGGUGAUCUCGGAUUUGAUCCCAUGGCUAUAGCAAUACAAAUGAAUCCUGCAAAUCAACAAAAAGCUGCAAUGAAUACGAUGCAAAACUUGAUGACUGGGAAUAAAAGUAUCAAAGCCAAUGAGUCUCAACCAAUGCAUCAAGAAAUUAUGCAAUCCAAUAAUCUUAUUCCUUCUAAUCAAAUAUCAGAACAACAAAAGUAUGCUUCACCUAUUUUGAAUCAACAGCAGAUGUCUACCCAGCAAACUCAACAAUAUCAGUUAUUACCACAAUAUCAUCCGCAUCAGUUACAACAGAGAACAGAUCCUAAUACUGGUGCUAUAAUAAAUUCCCAAAAUCAUUCAACUGGAAACGAGUCAUUUAGAGAUCCUAAUAUUAAAUUACAAAUGUCCAAUUCACCAGAUCAAUCGACACCUCCAACAUCCAACCCAGUACCGGCAACUAUUAAAGAACCAAUAUUUCCAGUGGAUAUAUCAAGGAGCCAAGCUAUACACACAAAACCACAGAUGUAUUAUCAAUACAAUAUGCUUGGUCAACCUGUUGAAAUGAUGCCGGCGAAAAUGUAUCGCCCACCUGAAUCAUCACUGCCCCAAACGCUAUCACCACAGCCGUUACCCACUAAACUGAGAGAAGAGGCAAUUAAAUACAAUAAUGUAAAAAAUACUGUUAGUAAGACUUCUAUUGUUGGAAACAAACCCGUCGGAAGAACACCUAGUAGAAGCCAAUUGCAACAAGUAUAUAACCAAUACAAAGGUUCCCAAUCGUUUACUCAACAGAACAUAAACCCGCCACAAAGUUAUGGCUCAACAUACUCUGAAGGGAAUGUCGCUCACAGAGUCGCAAAUCCUGCGCUUCAAGCACCUGUAGAAAAAGUUGGUGGUGAUACUAUUGUUAACAAUACUGUAUUUAACAACAACAAACCAAAUAAAGUAGCACCAACAGUGGAACAAAUCGGUGAUGUACCUACUACUAAACCUUGUGGGGAUAGUGCUCCUGAUAAGGUGACUGCUAUGAAACAAACCAGAUGCAGAAAUGGUUUACAGGACAUGGUAUACACAUCGUAUCCCACAUCAGCGGCGUGGUCUUUUCAUGGUAACAACCGUGCACCAUUCUCUGACGCAUAUAGAUUUAAAAGCAGAGCGUAGUGUAAAAUGGUGUUUGUUUGCAUUUAUUGCUUGUAUGUUUUUAGUUUGUCAUAAAAUAAAUGUGGUAUAUGUUUUGUACUGAGAAUUGUUAUGAAAAUGAAAUAAAUAAU